UUUAGACUGCUUUGCAGAAGUUCUCUGUAGCUGUCGCUUACUGGCGUGCCAAUUUUGGUUCUGAUCAGCUACCUUGGGCCGGCGUAACGAUGUCGCUGCAAACCGCCACUGCUAAGCUGUUCCUGCGUGGCUUCAAUGGUCAGCUUGUGCGCGGCUUGUCGAGCCAGAGCAUGGCGGCUGUCGGCGCCAGCGCUUCCGCCAGCUCGGACAAGGUCACUUUUGUAGCCAAGCCGCAAGCUGUGAUUCAGGCGCCAAUCAUGGCCGCCAGUUCUAGCGCCAUUGCAAGCGGGAUCCGCGCCCAGGCUGCCGCGAGCCCCAUGUCGCUGCACAAGCAGGCAGUUCUGCCGAACUCCCUGGUUCAGGAGCGUGCCAUGAGCGUGCUGGCUGCCUCCAAGAUGGUUGGUGCCGGCUGCGCGACCAUUGCUCUGGCGGGUGUGGGUGCUGGCCUGGGUGUCAUGUUCGGCUCGCUCAUCAACGGCGCAGCGCGCAACCCAAACAUCGCCAAGCAGCUGGUGGGCUACGCACUGCUGGGCUUCGCCCUGACGGAAUCUAUUGCCCUGUUCUCGCUUCUGGUUGUCUUCCUCAUUCUCUUCGCGUAAUGCACGAUAGAACUUCUCUAACGCCAACGGCUCAGUUUGGCUACGUGUGACUGGAUGUGGAUUUCAGGGAGGACGUACAUAUAAAUGGUAGUGUUAAAGCAAGUCACAGCGUCAAUUAUAGUAAUUUUUUCAGGGUAGUUGCGGCGAUGUGGUUUCAGUCCCAGGUGUGUGCCAGGGUGGACAUAAGUGUGUCAAUCCAAUAAGCUUGAUAUUGGCUGACGUACCAUGCUCUUGUGAGUGUAACAACACAUCGAAAGUUGUCUCGAGCUACGAUAUCUUGUUAUUUAUCCUGUAAUGAUACUUGAUUGCAAU